CAAAAGCCCGGCCCGGGCUGGGCCGCAGGGGAAGCCGCAAAAUCGAACAGACUCGAAGCUGCAGGAACGCGGAGGAGAAGGGUGAAGGGAAAAGGAAAGAGAGAAGGGCGGGAGAAGGAAGGUCGGCAAUGGCGGGGAACGGCGUCGAGCAGGACGAGUUCUACCUCCGGUACUACGUGGGUCACAAGGGGAAGUUCGGGCACGAGUUCCUGGAGUUCGAGUUCCGCCCCGACGGCAAGCUCCGCUACGCCAACAACUCCAACUACAAGAACGACACCAUGAUCCGCAAGGAGGUCUUCGUCACCCCCGCCGUCCUCCGCGAGUGCCGCCGUAUCAUCGCCGAGAGCGAGAUAAUGAAGGAAGACGAUAACAACUGGCCUGAGCCGGACCGGGUUGGGAGGCAGGAGCUGGAGAUUGUGAUGGGGAAUGAGCAUAUCUCCUUCACCACGUCUAAGAUUGGAUCCCUAGUAGAUGUGCAGUCCAGCAAAGAUCCGGAAGGCCUUCGCAUCUUCUAUUACCUGGUUCAGGACCUUAAAUGCUUCGUGUUCUCUCUAAUUUCACUGCACUUCAAGAUUAAGCCCAUCCAGUCCUGAUAUCUACAGGGUUAUUUUUUCAUCUUUAGCAUUGAACUCUGCUUCAGCUAUGAGAUGUGCACUUGGGCUUGUGAAGUACUCAUAGGACCAAUUGUCUUUUCAUCUGGUUGAUUUUAUGAUAUGUUUUCUUAAGUACAGGUAUGAUCAGCAAAGGGUUAUUGUAACUGUUUUUUGUAUGCUUUGAUUGUCAUGUAAUAUCCACAGAGCCUGACCAAUGCAGGGUGAUGAACAAUCCAUGGCCUUAUGUUUAUGAGGUUGAACUCUGCUUGUAUUAGUGUGAUUUUGGAGACUCUUGUUGGUGGUAACUGGAUGAAACUACUGUGUUAGUCCCUGGAAUAGAUGAUUUGCCACUUAAGUCAUUCAUCUCUUUUGUUG